CAGAAACCAUAGAUUAUAAAUAUGUAAUCCAAUAUGAUCAUGCCAUAGAAUUGAAUUAAACUAAUAUUAAGUUACUGCACACUUGGCACUCUUGGCAGUUUAUUUCGGACGACCUGGUGGUAUAUCAUUGAUCAUAUACCAGCUUUUCCCAUUAUUUAUCGAUGUUUUUUAACCAUUUUUUAACGAUGUCCCAAUACUAAGUAGGCCUAAUGAACUUUUUUCACAUAUGACCUAUUAACCUCAAAAAAAGUUAAUAAUAAAUUUUAAUAUUUGUCCCUAAUCUUUAAACAGAUGGUUCUAUAAAUAAAUUAUGAAUAUUUUUAAAACAACAAUCCAGAUACCGUAAGAGAUGAUUAUACAGGUUUAAAGUAAAUUUUGAAAAAAAUGAUAAGGUGAAUUACACGUACCAUGAAUUGUUUCUCAAAUAUUUUUGCAUCACGGCUUUUUUCAACUAAGGUAAUAAAACCAAAAAUAUGCAUUGUGGGAGCUGGGCCAGCUGGAUUUUAUGCUGCUCAACAUUUAGUAAAAAAACUAGAUAAUUCAGAGAUUGAUAUAUUCGAGAGACUACCAGUACCGUUUGGCCUAGUAAGGUUUGGAGUAGCCCCAGAUCAUCCAGAAGUAAAAAAUGUAAUUCAUACUUUUUCAAAAACAGCCCAGCAUCCAAACGUGAGGUUUUUUGGCAAUAUAAAUUUAGGAACGGAUAUUUCACUGCAGGAUUUAAAAGAUAAUUACCAUGUAGUGUUGCUGACUUAUGGUGCUGAAGAAAACCGACAACUAAACAUACCUGGGGAAGAUUUACACAAUGUUAUUCCAGCACGGAAAAUAGUUGGAUGGUAUAAUGGUAUUCCAGAUGAUUCAAAUUUAGAAAUUGACCUUAGUGGGAAUACCAUGGCAAUUUUUGGUCAAGGCAAUGUAGCUGUGGAUGUAGCUAGAAUAUUAUUGACUCCUGUUGAUGAACUAAAGAAAACUGAUAUUACCCAGCAUGCUUUAGACAAAAUAUCACAGUCAAAAAUAAAGCAAGUACAUUUAAUCGGACGUAGAGGUCCUUUACAAGCAGCUUUCACCAUUAAAGAACUAAGAGAAAUGUUAAAAUUACAACAAUGUCAAACUGUUUGGAAAAAAGAAGACUUUUCCUCAAUAUCAAAAGAGAUUGUUGAAAAUUUAGCACGACCAAAGAAGAGAAUAACAGAGUUGAUGUUGAAAUCCCUUCAAGAUCAAAAAAGUGACGUGGAUGGCUUAAAUGUUUUUAAGCCCAUAUUUUUCCGAUCUCCUCUAGAAAUUUUAGGUAAUAAAAAGGUUGAAAGGGUGAUUUUGGGAGUUAAUCGACUGGAAGGAGAAGAUAUAUUAAAGCAGCAUGCUGUUUUAACUGAUAGACAAGAGGAGUUGGAAUGUAACAUUGUUGUACCCAGUAUAGGAUAUAAAAGUGUUCAGGCUGAUCCUUUGAUCCCAUUUGACCAGAAAAAAGGCAUUAUAAUAAACAACAAUAGCAAGGUAAAUACAGGGUUAUAUACAACGGGAUGGUUAGGUACUGCGCCAGUUGGGGUAAUCCUAACAACUAUGUCGAAUGCUUUCGGUACUGCCGAAAGAAUCCUGAAGGAUAUUCACGAUGAUAACUUAUUAAACGAAGAUAAAGGUGGAUUUACAAACAUUUCUAGUAUACUCAAGGAAAAGAGGGUGCCCAUAGUUGACUGGGCAGGAUGGGAAAAAAUAGAUAAAUAUGAAAUUGAGGAAGGGAAAAAACAUAACAAACCCAGAGAAAAAAUAAUUGACGUAAAUAAAAUGCUUGAAAUUGGGGUUAGCUAAUAAGACUAAAAUAUAUUUACUGUUAUUGUUUACUAUAUUUUUAAUAAAAGAAUUUAUACCUUUUUAUAAAAAA